AUGGCGGCUGCUGCGACGGCCACACCUGCAAACUCCGGCGACCAACAAAAGUUUCUGACCACCUCUGCAAAGCUGCCUGUCUCACUGACUAUGGCAGAACUAGCGGAGCUGCCACAGGAUCAGCUGCGAGAACGAGUGCAGCAGAGCAUAAAUUAUUGGAGUCCGGAAGCGAUGCGGAGCAUAAGAGAAGGCAAAGAUGGCACGAACGAAGUCUUGGUAGAGAAGCAGCCGCCGACCAUGGUCAAGGAUGCGGCAGACAAGAUAAACGCCGAGGUUGAGGAGACCGACGUUGAUGAGUUCGAAUAA